CAGGCACGUUCAAUCCCUCACAUGCAGAGGUUAGUGGGAGUGUUCACAAGUUAGAAGCUGCUGCUCCAGUCAGACACUGUCAUAUUCAAACUGUAUCCACUCAGCUCUGCUCUCUGAUCCACCAUGAAACUGUACGUGAUUGUUCCACUGUGUGCUCUGUUCACCCUCACCCAACAGGUACCUGCACAUAAAGAUGAACAUCAGUGUGCAUGUGAGUUGACUACUUCAGAGAAGGCAUUCCCUCACGACAAACUCGGCAAAGUGGAGGACACUGCAUCAAAAUGCAACGACAACGUCACCCCACAGAAGAUUCUACAGCUAGAGAGUCUGCUGCUGGGUUUGGAGCAACGUCUGCCACGGCUGCAGGAAGAUGUGUCGAUGCUGGAGAGGGAGGAUGAUGGAGAGCUCUAUUCGGUCAUCAGCCUGCAGGUGAUAGAGAAUGAACUGAUGCAGAUCAACCAGUUCAUCGACAGGCUCAAAAGCACCACCCUGGGACACCAGCGUCUAUCUGCUAACACUACCCAACAGUUGGAGGACCUGAGAGCAGAGAUGCAGGAGCUGGAGACAUACGACACCAUGCAGGUGGUGAAGACACAACAAGCCAACCAGCGUCUGAAGAGAGAUCUGGACCAGUGCAAGACUGGACUUGACCCCUCCGCCGAACCCACUCAGCCUCCACGUGGUAACUGCCCCCACGGUCGAUUUGUGAACAUUACCGGGCCGAGGGUGUACACAGCAGGAGAGUACCCUGGCUCCCACAAAUAUGGAGCCUGGGGUCGGGAUCCCAAACCAGAGGCGGGGAAGGAGAGCUGGUAUUGGAUGGUAAUCCUGACCUCUGGCAAUAAAUUCGCCCACUAUGUCCGUCUCUACUCCAGCCUGAGCUCUCUGAUUGUUGGGGUGAGCACACCAGGUAAUGUCAUGAUCAGCCCCUCUAACCCAACCACCAACACCAUCCAGGGUCCAAAUGUUGUGAUGUAUGGAGAGGCCUUGUACUACAACUGUUACAACCUAGACACUGUUUGUCGAUUCAACCUCACCGCCAAAACCGUUACCAACUCACAACUACCAAAAGGCACCAGGUUUAACUCAAAGGGGAACUUCUGCCGCCUUGAUGAAUGCUACCCGUUCACCGACCUGGACCUAGCGACAGAUGAGUCAGGCGUCUGGGUGAUCUAUACCACCAACCAGGACUUUGGCAACCUGGUGUUGUCCAAGGUGGAGGAGGGCGAACCGCUGACGCUUGGCCAAACCUGGUACACCUCCGUCUACAAGCAGGCGGUGACUAACACCUUCAUGGCCUGCGGCGUGCUCUAUGCGACGCGGUACGUCGACAAAGAUUUGGAGGAGAUCUUCUACUCGUUUGACACCGCGACAGGGGUGGAGAGGUUCAACAUUGGCGUCUUCAUCAACAAGAUGUCUCCCAACAUUAUUGCCCUGAACUACAGCCCUGUGGACCAGAUGCUACAUGCCUACUGUGACUCCAACAUGGUCUCCUACAAGGUUUUGUUUAGCUAAAUGGACAAUGCUGACAAUGUUUCCAUAAAAGCCUGUAUCUAAAUAAUGGCUGCAGUAAUAGUGACCAGCAUGAACAAAUAAAGGUGACUCGUUAAUGAA